UACACCUCACACUCCCCCCUUUCAGGCGAACCUGGAUCUCUGUGAGAGAGGAAGGCCAUCCUGUCUGUAUCCCCAGGCUGAGCACUCACACACAGAGGGACGAUGAGGCUAGGCUGGGUCCGAGGGCUGGCCCCUUUGCUGGCCAUGGCUGCUGGAAUACUCUACAUCACAUCCAUUAAGCGGGAGGUUCAUUCUCAUGGGGAGAGACUGCAGAGGGCCCAUCAGAAUGACUCGGUCAGGGGCCAGGACAUGCUCAAGAGGCUGGAGAAGAUGGAAGCUCACAUCGAGAAGCUGGGUAAGUCUUAAUCUCCUUCAUUUAACUGUGACUUACGUGGAAGAGAAAUGCCAGUAGCUCUGUCCACACACUGUACCUGGACUACAGUGUGCCACUGUUCUAGAUGGUAGGGCAGAGUUAGAGGGUAGGAUUUGAGAACACAUUAGAAUCUAGCCUGAGCCUACAUGUAGAGUUGAUCCCAGGAAGUUAUUUCAAACUAAACAGUGAUGAUUGUAAAAGGGAAUUUGUUCUCAAUUAAAUAAACUAAUAAAAUAUUAAAUUAAAUUAAAUAUGCCCAUAAUCAUUUUAGAUUGUUAUUUAAUCCUGUACACUGUUGCUUAUUGCACAACAUUUGAUUCACCAACUUCUGUGUGCCAAAGUUUGCCACAUUGUUUACUAUUACAAAAAACAAUUCUCCAAGGUAGAUCAAACAUUAUUCAUCAACUUUUUUUUUUUUUAAACACACAUGCAAACAGUUACUGAAGCUAUGUAAAUAAGGUCAUGCUCCGUUUGUAUGAAAAGGGGUGACUCAUGUUGAUUCUGGCAGCCUUAACACACUUAUUACAGUGAAGACAAUCAACGAAGGGAUCAGUCUGAAAGAGGGGCAGGCUGUGAUGGCUCCCGAGGUCAAGAAGGAGAGGAAGGUGGUGAAGAAGUUGUACCCCAACUCAGCUCUGUUUAGAAGCUGGGGUGACGAGCUCUCAGAGGAGGAGCAGAAAGAGGCAGAGGGGCUGUUUCAGACGUAUGGAUACAACGCCUUCCUGAGUGACAGACUGCCCCUGAACAGGGAAAUCCCUGAUACUCGCGAUCCUAAGUAAAUCAUUUUCCUCAUCUCUCCUCCACCUCUACACAAUAAAUGAUGUAUAACUCAAGACUUCUGAAUUCUAACCACAGUCUGUUGCAUCCGAGGUCAUCUGAGGUCAAUUCCAUCUCCAGCACUUUUAAUGCAGUUUGAUGAAUAACAUUGAAAUUAACAAUAACUUUAAGAGUGAAACAACAGCUUUGGUGAAGUGAAUUAAUGAUAUGAGCAAGACCAAAUGUUUUUGUUGUGCCUGUUAGGUGUGCUAAUCACCAGUACCCCCAUGACCUGCCCACCAUCAGCGUGGUGUUGAUCUACUUGGACGAGGCCCUGUCCAUCAUCAAGAGAGCCGUCCGCAGCAUCAUAGACAAGACCCCCCAACGCCUGCUCAAAGACAUCAUACUGGUGGAUGACCACAGCUCCAAUGGUUCGCCUAAUUGGUAUUUUCUCUACGCAUAGAAACAUUUGAAAGUAUAUUUGUUAACAUUUAGAUUGAACCUUGAUUGAAAGGUGUGGCUUUCAACUUUUGUUGUGUUUCACUGAUUUGCAAGUUUCUGCUUUCACAGAGGAUCUAAAGGAGAAGUUGGACGUCUACAUCAGCUUCAUCCAAGAAGAGCGUCCGGGCCUGGUGAAGAGAGUGAGACACUCAAAGCAGCUCGGUCUCACACAGGCCCGCCUCUCAGGGUGGAGGGAAGCUGAAGGAGAUGUGGUGGCCAUCUUGGAUGCCCACAUAGAGGUCCAUGUGGAAUGGUAGUCUAAAUGUUUUUUGUUAUAAAAUAUGCUUUUGAAUCCCUCCUCCCAACAUGGUAUUUUCCGUCUGUGUUUGUGUGAACAGGGCGGAGCCUCUGUUAGCUCGGAUAAAGGAGGACCGCACGUUGGUGUUGACACCGGUGUUUGACAAAGUCAAUUUCGAUGACUUGACAGUCAAACGUUAUGGACCUGCUGCAGACACCUUUGACUGGGCCCUGUGGUGUAUGUACGAGCCCUUCAGACCUGAGUGGUACGCCUUGAAAGACAAGUCACAGCCAGGAAAGUGAGUUUCAUGAUUUCAUCAUAGGAUGAUAGUCCAGUUUCACAAGUCUGUUUGAAUAGGCGAUAAGGAAAGCACAGCAUUGGGUCGUAAAUCUCACCUAAUAUUUACACCUGGAUUAUUAUUUUGCGUUAUCUAUUCAUUAAAAUGAAUGUCACUUCUCCCAGUGUAGAAAUGACCAUGAUUUGUACUGUAUGUUUGUCAGGAGCCCCUCCAUUAUGGGUAUACUAGUGGUUGAUCGCCUGUUCUUUGGGGAAAUUGGUGCUCUCGACGGUGGUAUGAAGAUCUAUGGAGGUGAAAAUGUUGAACUGGGCAUCCGGGUAAGCCCCCUUAGAUGAAAUCAAUCAAAUAUGGCCCAUAAUCAUUUUAGAAUGUUCUUUAAUCCUGUAUACUGUUGCUUGAUGCACAAAUGUGUUCAGUUUGGAUCUAUCAACUUCUAUGUUCCAAAGUUUUCCACAUUGUUUACUUUUACAUAUGUACUUCAAGGUAAUCCUCCAAAGCAGAUCAAACCUUAUUAAUCAACUUUUAAAAAACAAAUGCAAACAGUGAUUGAAGCUAAUAAAUAAGGUCAUGCUCUGUUUGCCCCUGCAUUAAAAGUGCUGGAGACGGAAUUGACCUCGGAUGACCUCGGAUGCAACAGACUGUGGUUAGAAUUCAGAGGUCUUGAGUUAUACAUCAUUUGUUGUGUAGAGGUGGCGGAGAGAUGAGGAAAAUUAUUUACUCAGAAAAUGUUGAACUGGGCAUCCGGGUAAGCCCCUCUGCUACAGUUUCUAAAUGAAUGUUUGAAAUCAAAGCGGACUUGUUGUUGCAGAAUUACUUUCUGUUCUUGAGUCAUUCAGUUUGCACAAACCAAUCUACAUCCAGACACUUCAGUCCAUAUCUAUAAACUCUUCCUUCUCUCUUGGUGUGUGGUUUGUCUAGGUGUGGCUGUGUGGUGGAAGUGUUGAGGUCAUACCUUGUUCUAAAAUAGCCCACAUCGAGAGGGCCCAUAAACCCUAUCUCCCCGAUCUGAGCAUUACAAUGAAGAGGAAUGCUCUGAGAGUGGCUGAGGUCUGGAUGGAUGAAUACAAACAGAAUGUCAACAUCGCCUGGAACCUCCCACUGAAGGUACACUCUUAGAAAAAAAGGGUUCCAAAAGGGUUCUUCGGCUUACCCCAUAGGAGAACCCUUUUUGGGGUCCAGGUAGAACCCUUUUUGGUUGCAGGUAGAACUAUUUUGGGUUCCAUGUAGAACCCUCUGUGAAAAGGGUUCUACAUGUAACCAAAGGGGUUCUACAUGGAACCAAAAUGGGUUCUUCAAAGGGUUCUCCUAUGGGGACAGCCAAAGAACCUUUUAUGUUCCAGAUAGCACCUUUUUUUCUAAGAGUGUACUGUACAGAACAAACAAUUCAAAAAGUAGGCUUUGUUCAGGUGCUCCUAUAAAAUAACAAUCAUCGUUGUUAUUGCAGCUUGAAAGAAGACUAGACAGUCAGAAUUAGCACUAUGUGUGAAAAGUUUAUAUUAUUCAAUGCCACAAUAAGGAUAUUGAAGUAUGAUCUAUGUAAAUAUCUGGAGAUAAAAACAAAUAUGGAUAAUAGGUGGAUUGCUCACAUGGCCUGUGUUUCUGAUUUAGAAAUCUUCCUCUUUCUCACCACAGGACCAUGGCAUAGACAUUGGGGAUGUUUCAGAGAGGAAGAAGUUGAGAAAGAGGCUGAACUGCAAGCCCUUCCAGUGGUAUCUGGACAAUGUGUAUCCCAUGUUAGACCCCCUGGGUGACUUGCUUGGUUAUGGAGCUGUGAGUGUUGCUAAAACAUUUAUCAUUGUUCUGCACACACACACACACACACACACACACACACACACACACACACACACACACACACACACACAGUCUGCUGUUCUAUUAUGUACUAUUCAUUCAACUACACGACCAAGACACUACCCACUUUAAACCUAUAAAUACUUUCAUACUUGACAUAACACAUUCAUUAUCUAUACUGUAUACACUGUACCAGGAUAAUAAUCUGCACUUUUAUAACCGUUUAAUCUCUGUCUAUAAAAUCAACAGCUGGUCAAUGAUCUGAAGGCGGAUCUCUGUAUAGAUCAAGGCCCAUUUCCAGGGAACACACCUAUUUUAUAUGGAUGCCAUUAUUAUGGUCCACAGGUUUGUAGAAUCAUUGCUUAGUAUUUUUUUAUUUAACUACAUGUAUAAUAUGGUCCAUCCCAUGGCAGACCUGGGAUUCAACCCAUACCACAAUGCAAAAUAUUGUCAAUACCACAGACUCAGAAAAGCCAAAAUAUCUAUACUCUCUGUCCAGAACUGUUAUUAUCGAGCCAGCGGGGAGAUCUACAUUGGAGGCAUCAAGUCUCACAAGUACAACAGUAAUCGUUGUCUGGUGGACACUGGUACUCGAACCCCAGGACUGUAUGAGUGCAAGGUGGCCAAGCAGAAGGGAUUCCACAUGCUCUGGGACUUUCAACAGGUGAGGAUUACAACACUCUGUAAAAUAGGAAAAUGUAUACUAAUAAGCAUAUUGAAACACAGGGAAUUUCAAAAGCAACAUGCCCAAAACCAUGGCUAAAAGAACUGUAAUUUACUUUUUAGUGGUUUUUAUUGUGGGAUGUUGUACAGUAGACUGUUUUUUACAUUUUACAGGGAAAAGCCAUCCAGAACAGACAGACAAAGAAAUGUCUGGAGAUUGCCCCAGGGGACGACACCUACUACCAGCUCAUCAUUCAGGAGUGCAGUGGGCAGCACUGGAAAAUACAGAAUCUGAUAAAAGACUUCUAA